AUGAAUCUCAGAAAGGGAGGUUGGCACAACGCACAAAUUCUAAUUUCGUUUACGAGAUCUCUGAUUCGUGCGCAGCGUAAUGUCAGGUGA